ACACACGGCGACUUGGGUGUGAGUGAGAGAGACCCUUGAGCUGAGAAGAAAUUGAGACUUUUUCUUUUUUACAGAGAGAGAGAGAGAGCGCGGACAGAGAAUGGUCAAACAUUACCAUGGCUCCCGUCAAUGGUUGAUAAACCUCUCUAUAAACAAGCUCUUUCUCUGUCAAAAAGUCUCUCUGGACUCUCUUUAAAAGAUUUUUCUCUCCCUCUUCUCUCCGUGUGGGUAAAGUUCUCUCUUUUUCUUACUGGGUCGUUGAAGGGUUCUUUGGUGGAGAUUUGAGCUUCUAUUGUCGGAGGAAAAGCUGAAUUUUGGUUAAACGAUUAUUCUUUGCUUUCUGGGUUUCCUUCCAACCUUGGUGGAAAGGGAAAUGGCUCAACAUUCGCACGUGCCAAAGUUUGGCAAUUGGGAAAGUGAAGAGAAUGUUCCUUACACAGCCUACUUUGAAAAGGCUCGAAAGGGUCGAGGUGAAGGGAAGAUGAUAAAUCCAAAUGAUCCCCAAGAGAAUCCUGAUUUAGGCUCAGAUUUUGAAGCUUCAGCUCAAGCUCCCUCUUCUGGGGGUGGAGUUGUAUCAGAGGAACCAACAGGGCAGGGAGCUGUUAGACGGGCACACGAGCGUCGCAGGAGCAGAGAAGAUGGUGACCUCAGACGGUUUACUGACUCUCCAGCACGCCAUGACAACAUGAAUCGUAGAGCUAGCAAUGAGCUAGCACCCCAGCGUUAUGGUGGUCGUGGAGUAAGUUAUGGUGAAAACCAAAGACGGACUGGAAGACCAAGUGCACAAAGCAUUGGUUCUGAUAACAGCAUGGAGCAAUCCCCACUGCAUCAUAAGGCCAAGAUUUCAGGGAGAGGUAGCGGGGCUCCAUCUCCUGCCUGGGAAGGAAAAGGUUCAUAUGAGGGUAGCCAUGGUACUCCUGGAAGAUCCCGAUUGAAACCAAGAGGCGAUGAAAGUCCUGAUAAGGGUGCUGCUGUUCCUAAAUUUGGUGAGUGGGAUGAGAAUAACCCCGCAUCAGCUGAUGGCUAUACUCACAUUUUCAACAAAGUGAGGGAGGAAAGGCAAAUUGAGGCAGGUAAAGUGCCUGGCAUGCCUACUGAGUCAUCCAUGAGCAACACUCGUAAGGAAACCCCCAGCAACAGCUCCAAGAGUUGCUGCUUUCCAUGGUUCAGAAAGUGAUGUCUUUGAGUACAUUGUGGAAAAUUAUGUGGUGUGUAGAACUUGUAAAUACUUUGAAGUCUCUCUUCAUGCAGAGUAACUUCUUUGAGUAUAUUCUCUCUAUUUGCGUGGCAGUAACUUCUUUGAGUAUAUUCUCUCUAUUUGCGUGGCAUUUUAUGAUUAUAAACAGCGUUUUUCUGGAACUGUAGUCUUGUUCUUUUCAGUCUAA